ACAAAAAGAGAACAUUUUACCUUACUUCCUCUGUAUACAAAUCCCACUUUAUUCAAAUUGAGGCUAAAUUUGAACACAUGUUUGUAUAUUGAAAGGAUAUCUUAGUGUAUUAAAACUUCCGUUAUGUACGGGAUCCAAUGAAUUCAGACCAAAAAUCUAUUAUACGUAGUUUUACCUUGUACUUCUGCCGAAGAUUAUUUUCAUGUUUUGAAUCCUCAACCUCGUAAUCACAUGACAACAACUUUACCGGUUAACUAUUCAUGUAUUAUGUCCAUAAAAAGGGGACUUUUUCAAAAAUCCCACUUUAUUCACUGCCACUGCACUGCCGACUCUUCUUGUUCUUCUUCUUUAACUUUUGUAGUUGUUCUUUCUGGAGAGUAGUGAAAUCAUCUAGAACAAGCCAAGAAUCACUUUCCCCUUUCUCUUUUAUGAACUUCUUUUAAGUUCUUGAAAUGGAAAAACUUACGAAGUCCUUCAAAUCUCUCUCUCCUGAUAUUCAUCCCGAAGAAGAACAAGAGCAUCAAACUCUCUUGAACCAAACUGAAAAAUCCAAUCUUUCCAUGCAAAUAUCCAAACCAAACACUGAAUUAUCUCCUCCUUCAAAACCCUAUUUCAACAAGAAUGACAGCAACAUCAGUACUCAUCAAGAUUUCAGCUUUGUGACAGAAUCACCAUGUUCACAACAUUUACUGUUGUCCACCUCUUCUUUUAGGAAAAAAUCGAAUCUUCCGAUGAAUAGGACCAAAUCAAGGCUAAUGAACUCACAGGAGCAAGAUCAGAGGUCUGGAGCUGUAUUGAAAGACAGUGAAGUUGAAGAAGAGGACCCUUUUUCAGAUGAAGAUUUACCUGAGGAAUACAAGAAAGUAAAGUUCAGUACAUUAACUGUUCUUCAGUUGGUGAGUUUAGUUUCCAUUAUUGCUCUUUUAGUUUGUAGUUUUAUAUUUAUUAUAUUGAGGGAAAAGAGAGCUUUUGGACUUGAAUUGUGGAAAUGGGAAGUAAUGAUCAUGGUGUUGAUUUGUGGAAGAUUGGUUUCUGGUUGGGGUAUAAGGUUAGUUGUGUUCUUCAUUGAGAGGAACUUUUUGUUGCGAAAACGCGC